AAGUGCUAUAAAUUAAAAUAAUUAUUUUUGUGCCUAUGUCCCAGCUUUUGGGCGAAUUUCCUAUCUAUAUGGAUCUUCUCCCACUCAUGGGAAAAUCUUGUAAUAGUAGUUUAUCUUAAGAUGGUAAAUCGAACCAGGGACGAAAGAUUCUCAGGAUGGAUGCGGAGAUUCUAGCCUUUUUCUAGGAAAUGGGGCGGAGUCGAGAGAGCGAGACACGACAGGAAGAUGGCGACACUCGUGUUGGAUAAUGGCGCUUAUAAUGCCAAGAUCGGGUACAGUCAUGCUCAUGUCAGUGUCAUUCCCAAUUGUCAGUUCAGAUCAAAGACUUCUCGUUUGAAAACUUUUACAGCUAACCAACUUGAUGAAAUUAAAGAUCCAUCUGGACUUUUUUAUAUUCUUCCUUUCCAGAAGGGGUACUUGGUUAAUUGGGAUGUCCAGAGACAAGUAUGGGACUAUCUUUUUGGAAAAGAAAUGUAUCAGGUAGAUUUCGUUGAUACUAAUAUCAUCAUCACAGAACCUUAUUUCAACUUUAGUUCAAUUCAAGAAUCCAUGAAUGAAAUAUUAUUUGAAGAAUACCAAUUCCAAGCAGUUCUCAGAGUAAAUGCUGGAGCUCUUAGUGCCCAUAGAUACUUCCGAGAUAACCCAUCAGAACUGUGCUGUAUUAUUGUGGACAGUGGAUAUUCUUUUACACACAUUGUGCCUUACUGCAGAAGUAAAAAGAAAAAAGAAGCAAUAAUAAGGAUUAAUGUUGGAGGAAAACUCUUAACCAAUCAUUUAAAGGAAAUAAUCUCUUACAGGCAGCUCCAUGUUAUGGAUGAAACUCAUGUGAUUAAUCAAGUGAAAGAAGAUGUAUGUUACGUUUCCCAAGACUUUUUCAAGGAUAUGGAGAUUGCCAAGUUGAAAGAAGAAAAUACAGUGAUGUUGGACUAUGUUUUACCAGACUUCAGCACGAUAAAAAAAGGAUUUUGUAAGCCAAGAGAAGAAAUGGUGUUAAGUGGAAAGUACAAAACUGGUGAACAAAUACUUCGUCUUACAAAUGAGCGAUUUGCAGUUCCAGAAAUUCUCUUCCAUCCUUCAGAUAUUGGCAUUCAAGAAAUGGGAAUUCCUGAAGCCAUUGUUUAUUCAAUUCAAAAUUUGCCAGAAGAAAUGCAGCCUCAUUUCUUCAAGAAUAUUGUUUUAACUGGUGGAAACUCUCUGUUCCCUGGCUUCAGAGAUCGUGUUUAUUCUGAGGUUCGAUGCCUCACUCCAACAGAUUAUGAUGUUUCAGUUGUUCUGCCAGAGAAUCCUAUUACUUAUUCCUGGGAAGGUGGAAAGUUGAUUUCUGAAAAUGACGAUUUUGAAGAUAUGGUAGUAACAAGAGAAGACUAUGAAGAAAACGGGCAUAGCAUAUGUGAAGAAAAAUUUGAUAUUUAAAUAGCUUAUUUCCAUAUAAAUGCUAUAUUGUAUAUAUUGUCCAUUGUGGUGGCAAGAUGUCUUAAUCUGGACCUAUGUUCUAGAAUAACCAUAAUUUCAGUUUUAUGUAUUGAUGAACAGUGUAUAUAAAAUUGUA